AUGACAGUAACUGAACUGGCCAUCCUCCCUUUGGCUCUUAUUCAAACCACUUCCCCCACUCUCGCACCCGCUCUCAUCAACAAACUUCUUCAAACUCGCCAGGCACUUAUCUCCGCCUCUGGCUAUCAUUUUACCUACUACUACCAAGUCGAAGACCCUAGUAUCAUCUGCCUUAUAGGAGCAUGGGACUCGGUAUCCGCACACCACGCAUUCAUCGCCUCACCAGAUAACAAGGAAUUGCUUGCGCUGCUAAAGGAUGAUAUGCUCCUCUCCGACACUCAAGAGAGAGCCGGCAUGAGGAUGUGGCAUCUAGAAGGCGAUAUCUUCAACCUAAAACCCAGCGGCGGCGAGGCUAAUGCGGGGAAUAAGAAAGACGUUCUAGAUGCCCCGAUCAUUUCCCUAAAACGACACUCCAUUCUCCCCUCCAAAAAGGUGGCUUUCCUCGCUGCAUUCUCAGGUAUCAAGCACCUACUAGAAUCCGCCUCCCCGUAUCAGGUAGUUGGGGGCUGGAGGAUUGACAAAGAAGAGAUAGAGGGGACUGAGAGGGAAGAAUUUUGUCUGUUUUCAGGGUUUGAGGGUGUGGAGCGUCAUCAUGAGCUUCCGAAGACAACGGAGUUUGAGGAGUAUAAGACUAUUGUGGGUGAAGUAGAGAGCUUUGAGUUCAGGCAUUUGAAUGUUCUCGAGUUGGAUACCUAA